AUGUAUGCACAGUGGGAUAAAAAUAUUUUUGACCGGCAUGCACGGUGGGACAAAACGAAGUUUUGCCCGGCAUAUACGCACGGUUUGGAAAAGCGGUUUUCGUCGCAACGUUACCUUUCGACGCCGGAACGCGUCGAGCUGGCGAGCGCGUUGAGUUUGAGCGAGACGCAGGUGAAAACGUGGUUUCAAAAUCGCAGGAUGAAGCACAAAAAGCAGCUGAGAAAAAUGCAGGACGACAAGUCUACAGGUGCUUCCCAGAGCGGGAAAAUUUCGGGGACGGACAAAGUCAAUGGUGGCCCGGAUCUAGGGGGGCAGGCCAAGUGUAUUUUAAAAAAAUUUUGCCCGUGUAAUUUUUUUAGUGUAGGGGUAAAAAUAUUAGAGUUGAUUUACGCUGUAAACUUGGAUUCACACCACCAAGGGCAAAAUUCUCCCACAAAUUCUGACAUCAGCGACUGCGAAAGCGAUAUAGACAUAGUAGGCGAUACAAAACAAUUGGGUUUCCCUUACAAAGGCGCCUAA